GAGCAGUUUCUUUAUUUUCUAUGUGUUUUGGUAAUAUAAUUAAUUAGUCUGAAAUAAUAUACGUAAUAAUCUUCAUAUACCAAUGGAAAACAGAUGCAGAAUUUGUGGCUUUAUGGACCCAGGUUUUGAAAGUUGUGACGAUUUCAGUAAUAAUCAUUAUCCGCGUGAAUUUAGAGGUACUUUGGAAGGCAGAUCAAAUUUGAAUACAGUUUAUCCCGUUCAACGCCAGGAGCGAAAUCCAAACCACUUCUCGUGGUGCAAAAAUAUAGAAGCUGUGUAUCCAGAUUGGCUGCGUGAAGAAUUGAAGAGACUCUUCCCUGCAGACUGUAACCCAGAUCCAACGUCUUCAUUCGACACUCCAGGCCCAUCUUCAAGGUCCCCCAAUGAUUCGCCAAAUCUGCUGGAUAUGAAAAAUUUCCCGCUGAACCAGCCCCAUGAUGCCAGUGACUGCAGUGUCCAGCGGAGUCCCACAAGCCAGGAGAAUCCUCAUGCACAGGCUACUUUUAUGUACUUACAACCGCAAACAACUUCAGGCUUUGUAAGGAACAACUGGUCUCUGCCGCAGAACGCCCCUAACAGUGCACAGUCACACACAGACAAUGAAAUACCUGGAAAGGCUCCUUCAAACACAAGAAAAUAUUCUAACAGCAAAGUAACGUGCAGUAUCUCAUACAGUGAAAUCAUGUCAUGCACAAAGAUGGACACCACAGAAAUGUCUUCAAGUUUGGAAGCUUCUGAGAGCACAUCAUCACAUUCACAUAGUCAUAUAAUUUCCACAUCAAACACUUCAAGCAUUACUAACGUGGGGAAUGAGUGGAACCAGGCCAAACCUUUCGGCAAGAAAAGGCAGAUGAAGAAACUGUCAUCACCUGAAUCACAUGCUUCUGCCACUGGUAGCUGUAGUGAUAAUGCUCAUUAUACCAGGUCCAAAGAACAUAGCAAAGAGACAGUCAUUGAAUCUGGGACUUCAGUUUCACACUCUAGUGCAACAGGACGAAGACAACGGUGUUCCUUCUGUGCCAAAAAUGGGGAGACAGAAGCAAUGGCAAGAAGCCAUACACUGUUCAGUUCAAACACCAAAGUAGUGCAGUGUCCCAUCCUACGUGCAUAUCGCUGCGAGGCCUGCAAUGCUACAGGCGACUUUGCUCACACUCGUUCGUACUGUCCUCGCAUCCGCAUGCUCGAGGGGAAUGUACGGUCUGCCACACUUGCCCUGAAGUCCACUCGAAGACAAGCCGAUGGUAUGGAGCGUAGCACUAAAGUUGGAAGAAGUAAACCCAAAACUGACAUCUAG